AUGGGUCAGAUACUAACCUGCUCACCAACAAAUAGUAGCAGUGAAGAGGAGACAAUCACUGAACUUAGAAAUCAACUGUCAUCCUUGAGGGAAGAAGUCAGAAAUAAUCGUAACUGGGUUAUAAAUAGAAGUGAGGUUCAAAUGCCGGUGAUCGGUAGAAGUCUCGGAGAAGGAGCAUGGGGGAGGGUGGUUCGGGGGACAUUUUGCUGCUGUGAUGUUGCUGUAAAAGAAAUGCAUAAUGACAUUGUAUCUCCCCACAACAUACGAUUGUUUGAACGAGAAAUCAACAUGGCUUCGAGAUGUCGCCAUCCCUGUUUAUUGCAGUUUAUAGGAGCGACGGCGGACAAUGCAAAACCGUUGCUUGUAACGGAACUCAUGGACCGGAACUUAAGGUCUUUGUACGAAGAAGCGGAACUCAGAGAAGAGCAAGUCGCCGUCAUCUUUCUGGAUGUGGCCCGAGCUCUGAACUACCUCCACCAAAAUACACCAGAACCCAUAAUCCAUCGAGACAUUAGUAGUGCUAAUGUGUUACUAUGGAAAAAGGAGAGCAAUGGAGAGCAAAAGUUUCUGAUUAUGAUUGAUGUCUUUAGCUUCGGUAUUCUUCUAUGCGAAGUGUGCAUCAGGGAACUGCCAAAUCCUAAUCGGCGCGUUCGUCAGGUGGACAUCUUCAGUUUUGGUGUUCUCCUGUGCCAGAUGUGCAUCGGGGAACUACCUGAUCCUGAAAGGCAAGGACAACAUGAGUUGCUAGGGUGA